GAUUAUAUACUCUACAGAAAACAGUAAAUGGUUACAGUUCCAUUUUGAAUUUUGAUAGUACAUUAGUACCUAAAUAGCAUAUUUUAUGCUUUAUGUUUUGACGAAAUAAUCUUAAUUUAUGAAUUAACUUGCUGAAAAUCACGGUGCGUCGACUUAGACGUUGAAAACCUUUUAGUUGCCAUUCAGAUAAAAUAGAUACCAUGUCCACGUGGCAACAAUUAGCUAAAGGAAAUUUUGAAAAAAAAAUUCUGCCAGGAUCUGAUUUACAUAAUAAUUAUACAAGACAUGAAUAUAAUUCAAAUCUACCACAGUCUAGUCAUGGUGACUACGAUGAGUAUGGUAGAUGCUAUGUUAAUACUGGUUUGAACGAAUAUGAAAAGGAAAAUGAAGAGUAUAAUGAACUAUCAAAAAAAGCUUUACAUGACUCAAAUAUGAGUUCUGUUGAUAGUAUUUCUAAUGUAAAUUCAGUGGCAGAUCUAAGAGAUUUGGAUAUAGAUGGAAUUAAGCUUUUUGAACAUUAUAAAUUUAAGGAUCCAUCUAAUAAGUCUAAUGAUUUAGAAAUUGCUGCAUUUAAAGAUAAGAUAAUUACAAUUAUACAUUCUAAUUCUACAGUCGUGAUAUCUGGUGCUACAGGAUGUGGGAAAAGUACACAAGUUCCUCAGUUUAUUUUAGAUGACUGUAUGAGUAAAAAGAAACAUUGUAAUAUUAUUGUUACUCAACCUAGACGUAUAGCUGCAAUUUCAGUAUCUAAACAAGUAAACAGAGAACGUGGCUGGAAAGAUGGGCUUUUAGUCGGUUAUCAAGUUGGGCGUAAAAAAGAGUUUGAUCCUACCACAACAAAAAUUUUAUAUUGCACUACAGGAAUUUUGUUACUAAGAAUUAUUAAAGCAAAGAGCCUUGCUGAAUUUUCUCACAUUAUCCUAGAUGAAGUUCAUGAAAGAACACUUGAAAUGGAUUUUUUAUUAUUAAUUAUAAAAAAGUUACAAUCGAAAGACAGUCCGUCAACUCGUGUAAUACUAAUGUCUGCAACAGCAGACGCAUUGAAAUUACAAGAUUAUUUUGGUAAUUAUUAUGGAUGUCCUUAUUAUAGACACGUAACAGCACCAUUAAUUAAGAUCGAAAAGCCAUCUAACUAUACUAUUCUUACACACUAUUUGGAUGAUUUAUAUGGGUUGAUACCGGCUGCUCGACGUAUGGAGUUUGGUAAAUCACAGAUAGAUGAAGCCGGAUAUAUGACAGCUGUUCAAUUAGUUAGAGCAUUUGAUGAAAUGAAAGUAGAUGAAGAUGCCAAAAAGUCUGUAUUGAUAUUUUUACCUGGUAUUUAUGAAAUUGAAGAAAUGCAUAGGCGUAUGGAAGAUCUGAUGGCUUCUGAAAAUCAUAAAUGGAUUCUUAUACCAUUACAUUCAUCAAUAACAAGUGAAGAACAAAACCGGGUUUUUUUACAGGCACCAUUAAAUUAUCGCAAAAUUAUUUUGUCUACCAAUAUUGCUGAGAGUUCAAUUACUGUACCUGAUGUUUUUUUUGUGAUUGACUUUUGUUUAAUGAAACAGUUAAAAAACGAAAUGAGAUCCAAUUAUUCUAUGUUAAUUAUGAGUUGGGCAUCAAAAAGUAAUUGUAAUCAAAGAGCUGGAAGAGUGGGACGAGUGGCAGAUGGUCGUGUCUAUAGGUUGAUUCCUAAAAUGAAGUUUUCUGAACUUGAAGAUCAUGAAUUGCCAGAAAUGAGUCGCUGUUCUCUCAGUCGUGUUAUUUUAAUGUCUAAAAUAUUGGAUAUGGGAACACCCAAACAACUCCUUGCAAGCGCGUUAGAUCCACCAGAUUUAACAAACAUUAUACUUACAAUCCGUACUCUUAAACAGGUGGGAGCAUUAUUGCCAACAGUAAAUGGAGUAAUUUCGUCAAUGGAUGGUGAUAUAACAUAUAUGGGAAAAGUAAUGGCACAAUUACCAUUAGAUCCUCCAAUGUCAAAAUUAAUUUAUUUUGGAUAUAUUUUUAAUAUCUUAAAUGAAGCUAUUAUAAUGGCAUGUGGUCUAUCAUUAAAAAGUAUAUUUAGUCAGCCUUUUAAUCAACGUUUAGACGCAUAUACACAAAAGUUAACCUGGGCUAAUUAUUCUUGUAGUGAUCCAAUUGCAUAUAUUGGUGCAUAUCAAAGUUGGCUUGCGAGUAAACCAGAAUUUGACCGAAAUCGACAUUUUGAAAAUUCAUGGGCAUCUAAAAACUACAUACAACUAUCAGCAAUGCGAGAGUUAUAUGACUUGAUUGAUGACGUAUCCAAUAGAUUGACCAGAAGUUUUGGUAUUGUAGCGAAUUCUGGAAAAAUGAAAUGGAUCAAACCUGAAGAAAAAGCCAUGGCUUGUAAGGUGAUAUUGGCAGGAGCCUUUUAUCCUAAUUAUUUCAUACGAGGAACAACUAAUGCAUACAUGGAUGAACAUGAAGUGCUUAAAACAUUAAAUGAACAUGAUCCUUAUCGAACAGUUUAUUUAACUGGAUUUCCAGUUGAUCAACCUAAAGAAUUAUAUAAAGAAGCUAUUGAAUCCCUAUUUCCCAAAAAAUUUGUUGGCAAACCAACUGCGUAUUUUAGUACAUCUAAUAAAGUGUAUGUUGAAUUCCCUAUGUCAAAUAUUAGUAACAGAUCAGCUAAUAAUAAUAAUCAACAUGGAGAUAGAAAUCAAUUAGUACCAGGAAAUAUAUCCUAUGGUGUUUAUGUAGCCAUAAAAAUGCGUACAUUAAAUUUUAAUUUCAAAAUACCAUUACUCAAACCUAAUGAUGCAAAAAAAAAAGUAGAGUUGAUAACCCAACAAUUGGCUGCUCAGAAAAUAACGCAAAAAGAAGUAUUACCAAUUGAACAUUGUAUACUUGAAGAAAUUGAAUCAAACGAUAGAGCUAUUGUCAUAACAGUAACACAUUUUGAAUCUGUUGAUCGUUUUUGGGCUCAGCUUAAUGAUAAGAAAAAUUCUGAUAUAUUAAUUGAGUUAUGGAAUUUUGUAAAUAAAGAUAUAAGUCUCAUUAAAACUAACUCAAAUGAUUUAGUGAUAAAUGGUAUUUAUAUUGUGAUACAUGAAGAAGAAAAAUAUAGAGGCAAAUUAAUGGAGUUUCCACGUGGUUCUAAAAAAGAAUACAAAAUUUUGUUAAUUGAUUUUGGAGAAGUUGUUCAGUUGUGUAAUGAAAACAUAUUUAACAUUAAAGAUGAAGAUGAAGAUACAAAAAAAAAAGUUUAUAGUUUUCCAACAUUAGCUUUCCAAUGCAAAAUUGCAAAAAUACGUGCACCCAUAAAUGGACAAUUGCAGGCUUAUUGGUCUGAGGAUACUAAAACUCUUAUUGAUAAAUUAUUAAAAAAAGCAAAAGGAACGAUAUAUUCUAUAGUUGACGGUGUUGUGUCAUUUGAAGAUCUAACCUUCAUAGACGAAGAAGAAGUCAUUUCAAUUUCAGAGUACUUAAUUCAAAACAAAUUAGCUACUCGUACCGAAGAGUCUUUUGCUUCAAAGAUUGAUCAUGAAAAACGGUUAAAAUUUAUAGGAUGCGUUAAGAAUGAGAUGCAUCAGAAAUCUAAUGUUCCGUGUCUUAACAUAAAAAGUCCUACAGAAGAUGAAUCAUUUACAAUUCACAAUUUGAAGGGACCUAUAAGUCCACUUGAAAUGUCAGUUAAAGGAAUAAGUCGUAAUAGUGCUUCUAAAAUAAUAAAAAUUGAAUGUCAAUCCGUCAAUUCUGUUUUAUUGGACAGUGAUCCAAAUGAUUACCACGAGAGAUUGUUUGUUGCUGGAAAUGUAUGUUUAAAUGAAAAUGAUAGGUUAACUCUUUGGGAUACAACAAUGAUGCCAAACAUCCCUGGUAUGCCGGCGUUUAUUUGUAUGAUGUUCUCUCCAUGUGUAGAAAUCAGAUACAAUUCUUCUUAUACUAAAAUGAUUGGAGCCAUUUGUGGUUUAGGUUACAACCCAGAAACUUGUAGGCCAUUGUUUGAAGAUAAUGAUAUUGAGAUUACCUUUGAUACUGUUAUUGAUCUUAACUUUUUGAAGAAAAUAAAUGUUAUUAGAAUGCUGUUAAACAGAUGUGUUAAUCCAGAAGACGAAGAAGGUCCUGGUGAUAUUUUUCAAAUUCAGCAUACCUUACAAAUGGCAUUAAUAGAACUAUUCAGUCAACCCACUAAAUUCAAAGGACCAGAACCUUACACAAGAAAAUAUUUGUGGUCGGAAAUUCGAAAAUCAAAAUUACAGUCACCAUACCAAGAAAAUAUAAUUAAUCAUCCAAUGGCUGGUUCUGAUGUUUAUAAACUAUUAUGGGAAACUGUUUUAUCACCAAAAAUGUCUGCUACAGAGUGUAAAGACUUGAUGUUUAAACUAAGUAAAAUCAAAAGAUUAGAAGAAUGCUUGAAUUUCAAUAAUUUUACCAGCGAUCGUUGUUUAGAAGAACUUCGUUGCCCAUUAUGUGAUUUGGUGUUUAAUAACACUCCGUCCAUACUAAUGCAUUUUGACAAUUACCAGCAUAUUGAGCGUUAUAAACUCGCUAGAGAAGAAUUACAAUUGCACUACACUGGACCAUUUCGAGAUAUUAAAAACUUGUAAACUGAUUCAUUUUGAUACUAUUUAAUAAUGUAUAAUACAAUUUAAGCUCAAUUAGUGUAAUCUAAGAAAAAGAAAACAAUAAUUUUUGAUAAACAUUUUUAAUAAGUUUUUAACUGUUAUAACUAGUUAUUUGUGAUACUUAUAUUAUUAUGUAACAAUAAAGAAGUUUUUUAAUUUAA